CGUCACUGGUAUAAACAGGAAGUGAGCGCAGAUUUACUCCGCGGCUCCUUCUCGACUCUUUAUUUACCCCCAACCGAGAACAGACGAGCAUCUUCACUGAUAUUCAUUCAAUGACUUGAUCUAAAGGGUGCUAUGGAGAUAAGAAGCAAUUCCUCCGGUCUUCUUCUGUGGUUAUGAAUCCCAGCACCUCCUCGGCUCGCUGCGGGGGCCAGUCCCCUGCAGAUGACCUGCUGGACGACUGGCUCUUCCUCUCCACUGAGUCUGCUCAGCCUCAGGUCCUGGAAGUGAGCCGGGAAGACCGGGAGGACAGAGGCCAACUCAAAUCCAAGUUAAUCUCAGCAUGGAACAGCGUCAAAUACGGCUGGACUUUGAAGCAAAAAUCCAAAUUCAGCAAGAGCUCUCCUGUGAUCAUGUUUGGACAAUCCUAUGAGCUCAAGGAUCACGGGGAGAGAGAGUGUUUCCGCCGCUCCUUUGCGUCACUCCUGUGGUUGACGUACAGACGGGGUUUCCCUCAGCUGGCCGGCUGCUCUUUGACCACCGACAGCGGCUGGGGUUGUGUUUUACGCACGGGGCAGAUGCUGCUGGCUCAAGGCCUGCUGCUGCACCUGAUGCCACCAGGUUGGACUUGGACUGUGAGCCACCAUGCGGUCAAAGACGACUUGGACCUGCUGGUGACUCGCUCCGUAGACGGUGCAGACCGGGGACAGGAUGUAAAGGAAGGGUCGAAUAAGAGGGGACGAAAACUGAGCCUGGGCUCCCUUCUGGACAGACCCAUGGAGGCUACACACAGACGGGUGGUGUCAUGGUUUGCAGACCGUCCCACGGCCCCUUUUGGGAUACACCAGCUGGUGGAGUUGGGCGAAAGCUCCGGGAAGAAGGCCGGGGACUGGUACGGACCCUCCAUUGUGGCACAUAUCCUCCGGAAAACCGUGGCAGCGUCAGCGGAUCUUCCUAAUCUAGUCGUGUAUGUUGCACAAGAUUGCACCAUCUACUUGGAGGACGUGAGGAGGUCGUGUGAGCGGCCUCUCCCUCAGUCCUGGAAGUCUGUCAUCAUCCUGGUUCCCGUGCGGCUCGGAGGACAAGAACUUAAUCGCUCCUACAUCACUUGUGUCAAAAAACUCUUGACAUUACAAUGCUGCAUUGGAAUCAUUGGGGGGAAACCGAAGCACUCUUUGUUCUUCGUCGGCUUCCAGGAUGACCAUCUGCUGUACUUGGACCCUCACUACUGUCAACCUACAGUGGAUAUAACAAAGGAGAACUUUCCCUUGGAGACGUUUCACUGUAAAUAUCCCAGGAAAAUGUCAUUCUCUCGCAUGGACCCCAGCUGUACCAUAGGAUUCUAUGCUAAAGGCCAAAAGGACUUUGAAUCACUGUGCACGGUUGUUAAUGAGGCACUCUCCACAUCUGCAGAGACGUACCCCAUUUUUAUAUUUGCAGAAGGCAAAAGUCAGGAGGAGGAGAGAACCAAUACACCCACAAACACUAUCACCUAUAUCCAGAGGAAGAACGGGCGGAGAAGAGUCGACACCAGCAACAGCUUGGACGAGUUUGUUCUAUUAUGAACAGAAGAAGAUAAAGUCUGUCCUGAGGGGCGAACGCUGAUCAACGAUCAAACACACAGUAUAUGUGACACUGCGGUAACUACUGAGCGUUAUAACAACAAAAAUGUGCACGAGCAAUAACCUCAAGGGAAAAAGGAAGUGGCCAGCUGUCAUUAAUGACACUACUAUAUUUUUAUUGCUGCUUUGUGCUCAUCUUUAUUUUUAUUUAAUAUUUUAAUAGUAGAUCAUUUAAAUGAAUAUCCUUCAAUGGAAGGAUUUCGAAGAAUGUUUUCUAUAGGUCAUGUUAUAAUUUUUAAUUUAAUCUAUUAAAAAAUAUAUAUAUAAAACAAUAUGAAAUCUUUCCCAGGGACUAACUUAAGGCGACUCUGUGUUCUCUGACUAUUUCAUGUCAUGUGACAGGAUGCGCUGCCUUUAGAAUGGAUUAGAGUUGGAUUCCUGUUAACAUGUGACUCGCACAUAAGAGACAGAAAGAACAUGAAGAACAAGUCAAAUGUUGUGUUUCUUAAAAGGAAAAAGAACAAAACUUACUGAAAAUAUUCUUAUGAGCCGGAUUUAGUUUUUGCUGUCUUUUGUCCUGAAUAAAUCAUUUAUGUUUGAACUAAUUUGUAAUUCUGUCCGCUGUCAUGAAUACACAUUUAAGAGAAGUCCGACAGCAACACGUCCAGGCCUUCUCCUACAAAAUGUCACUCAAAGAGACUUGUACCAACCAGGAAGAGACAUUAAACGACUACAAAGAGACACAAAACAGCUGCAAAGAGACUCGGAA